ACCCUCCUCUUCCUCUUGGAUCACAAAGCAUCCACUUUCUCUUCAAACCGCUCACUCUUCUCUUGUCUUGCAGUCUCAUCUCCUCUCUCUCUCUCUCUUUCUCUCUCUGCUGCUCUGUCUCGCCCUUUCUCUUCCCGUCCUCCACUUGGCUUUGUCCAUCAGCAGCUUGCAGGCUCACCGCUGUCCCUCCAACCUUUUGAGGACUCGGGACUAAGUCUCUGUCAUUUGGAGCCAAGAUGGCGAUGAACAGCAUCCUUAACGCUGACGACAUCAAGAAAGCACUCGAUGCAUUCGCAGCUGCCGACUCUUUUGACUAUAAGAAGUUUUUUGAGAUGAUUGGCCUGACGAACAAGUCUUCUGAGGACGUGAAGAAGGUGUUCACGGUGAUGGACGCUGACAACAGUGGCUACAUAGAGGAAGAGGAGCUCAAAUUUGUCCUGAAGGGGUUUGCCAAAGAUGGCCGGGACCUGACGGAUAAGGAAACCAAAACAUUUUUACAUGCAGCCGACAAGGACGGGGACGGAAAGAUUGGAGUUGACGAGUUCACCGCCCUUGUGAAAGAGUAGUCGCCAUUGAAGACUGACUCACAGACCACCUCCUGACCCCCCGGCAUCCUGACCACCCGCCCCUCUACCCCAACACACACUUGACACACACACACACACACACACACACACACACACACACACACACACA